AUGCCUACGGCUGACGAGCUCUGGGAGGAGCUGUCGCGAGACAUUCCGUCCACGUCGGAUCCCUUUUUGCAGCAGUAUCUGACGGGGCGCGAGAGCCUCAUCAGCAAGGAGAAGGAGACGAGAGCGGAUGCGUCGUUCCGCAAGUCGCUGACGCCCAUCGCUAGACGCGCCUGCGCCAUCGUCGACCGCAUUCGCGCCCAUGAACAGGCGACCAUCUGGACGCCCGGCGUCGAGGAGCAGCUGGCGCGCGAGACCAAGUCGAGCAUCUUCCCGGGCAUGAUGUUCAUGAUGGCCAAGGAGCGCAUGGAGCAGACCAAGCUGUGGAAGAUUGUGCGCCGCAUGCCCAAGGGGAGCCUGCUGCACGCCCACAUGGACGCCAUGGUCGACUUUGACUUUAUCCUCAACGAGCUCCUCAACACCCCCGGCAUGCACAUGACCAGCAAUGUGCCCCUCGACAGCGACGAGAGGAGGGAAAACGCCGUGCUGCGCUUCAGGUACCGGGCCAAGGAGCGGGUGGACGGCUCGAUAUGGGAGCCGAGCUACGAGCCGGGCUCGUUUCUGCUGCUCACCAAGAUGGCCGACGACUUUCCCGAGGGCGGGCGGCAGGGCUUUCUAAAGUGGCUCAAGAGCCGGUGCACGCUCUCACUCGUCGACAGCCAUGAGCAGCACCACGGGAUCAACGCCAUCUGGGAAAAGUUUUCAAAGUGCUUCGUGGUGGUGGCCACCAUGAUACACUACGAGCCCAUGUUCCGCGCCUUUCUGCGGCGCCUCAUGAGUCUUCUCAAGGCUGAUGGGGUGAAUUGGGCUGAGCUUCGCUUCACAUGGCCGCUUGAUUAUUGCCGUGAUCGCCGCGAGGAGUGCGAAACUGACUACAGCCACAUGUUUACAGUCAUUGAAGAGGAAGUUGCAAGAUUCAAGGCGUCAGAGGAAGGCAAGGGCUUCUGGGGCCUCACCAUUAUCUGGACGACCCUCCGGAGUUUCGAGACGCGGCGCAUCAUCGAGAACAUGGACCACUGCAUCACCACGAAGAUGGAGUUUCCCCAUCUCAUCGCGGGAUACGACCUCGUCGGGCCCGAGGAUCUUGGCAAGCCGCUGACCGACUUACUGCCCGAGCUGUUCUGGUUCCGAAAGCAGGCCGCACAGGAGGGCGUCAACCUGCCGUUUUACUUUCACGCCGGAGAGACGCUUGGCGACGGCUCUAGCACCGACAACAACCUGUUUGACGCCAUAUUGCUGGGCACCCGCCGCAUCGGCCACGGCUUCAGUCUGUACAAGCACCCGCUCCUCAUCGACAUGGUAAAGGACAAGCGCAUCCUCAUCGAAUCGUGCCCCAUCUCCAACGAGGUCCUCCGGCUCUGCGGAUCCGUCAUGGCCCAUCCCCUGCCGGCGCUCCUCGCCCGCGGAGUCGCGUGCAGCCUCUGCAACGACGACCCGGCCAUGCUGGGACAGGACACGGCGGGCAUGUCUCACGACUUUUGGCAGGCCCUGCAGGGCUGGGAGAACCUGGGCCUCGCUGGACUGGGCAGCCUCGCGGAGAACAGCGUCCGGUGGUCCACCUUUGAGGACCAGAACCAGGAGCAGUGGGUCAAGGGCAUCAGGGAGGCGAGCCUGGGGAGCGGCCUCAAGGCGGAGCGGUUGAGGGAGUGGCAGGUGGAGUGGGAGAAGUUUUGCCUGUGGAUUGUCGACGAGUUUGGGGAGGAGUUUGGGGACGAGGCAAAGGCGUAG